CCCUAAGUUAUUUUUGGAGUUUUUUUUUCCUGAGGAUUAGUCGGACACGUCUGGUCCUGCGCACUUUGGUUAAUUUUCAGAAUCAUACCUUUGCAGCCGUGGAAAAUUUUGCGAUCUUGGAAAUUUCAGUAUUUACCUUGUGGGUUCAAUGUUUUCUUGAUGUUUUGACUUGAUUAUCCGUCGCUUAGGUGAUGCCCAGUGUCACGCACUGAGCGACACAGUAUUAAAAGACAAUUUCUAUGGAAAGAUCUCCUAAUUCAUGUAAACGAGCUUGUUACAACUGAACUAAACUGUCUUGGGUAUUUCACUGGAGAUUGAAAAUGACGAGAAGAAGAACUAGUUGAUUGUAUUUUAUCGUUCAUUACAAAGUUUUGUAAGGGGUCUUUUACAAUCCAUUGAAAAAGCUCAGAAACAACUGUAGUACAUCGAGUGCACGACCUUGAGUGUUGUGAUCACUGCCAUAAGAGGACAAGUUACUCACUUUGGAUAGAACUCUCAAGAUCGGUCACAAAACUGCCUUACUUCUGCAUUGAGCUUUCCAUACUGAUCUUAAUUCUUUUAGAGAUCUUCAAGUUUGGUAAUUCUCCGGCAACACUGAUCAGGUUUGUGGCGUGGUUCAGGGUUGGCAACGGACAGCGAGUAAACAGAAAAUUCACUUUAUUUACAUAUUGAGAACGGUUUCGUUAUCGCCAAAUAUCAGGAUCACCAUCAGUACGGAAGUUUUUGUUUGCGUGAAGAAAUUAUUACCCAAGGAUAUUAAUUGUACAUUUCGUGUGGCUAUUGUAAGACUAUGGCUGAGUUUAAUGGAGACGACAAGGACAGGAUAUUAGAGGGUGGUGGAACUGUUUCAGAGGUUCGUGAAAAGAAGAAAAGGAAAAGGGCGAAAAGGCCAAAAUCUAAUGAACACUUACCAUUUUCAGAGCUGCAAAAUGGUGGGAUUUUGCGACAGAUUUCAAGUAAUAGUUACGGAGAACAACCGAAGCGUGUUCAAUUGGCGCUUGAACCAGUGGCAAGUCGAGAAAAACUGAUACAAAUACACGAAGAGCUAAAUAACCCCCGUAUUAUAUCACGAACAGAAAUCAACCAGGAUGAAAAAGAUUUGAGGAAACUUGCUUUGCAUCUAGCGAUGAGUAAAUCAGAGGAGGGGAAAAACAGCAAAUAUCUACAUCACGAUUAUGUCUUAGUUCAUAAAACUGGUGACAAUCGAAAUCUGCAUGAGAAACUAAGGAAGAAAUUCGAGGCUGAACUUCAUUCACAGGGAUUCAGGGUAGAACGAAAAUACACUUCAAAUAAGACAUUAGCGAUAUUGCAUUGUUCAUUUGAGAGACUUUGUGAAGAAGCAGAACAUGUAUCUUUGGAAAUGCCUCUUGCUGGGUAUGUUGUUCCAGAGACAUCAAGAAAUGGUGUAUGGAAACGAUUUUGGGAUCAUUUUACAACUGAUGAUGAAGUUGAUUUUGUCAGUGCACCAUUUUGUGUCUCAAAGUCUCAGAUUUAUGAGGGAGUAGAAAAUCCUGACACAUUCUUCAGACCAGCUCUGAGAUCACUUUUGGUUCACCACAUUUUAACAGAUUUAGAUGUCAGAGACAAAGAAAGUAAACAGCUUGGUCAGAAUGCACAAGGUCUGGGGUACAUGCUUGUGGAAGAAGCAUACACUGAUGCAUUUAUUCUACAUGAAAAGUCUGAAUAUGAUUCUGAGUUUUCACUUGCUGAUGCUGGCGAUGACCAAAGUUUUGAUUAUGGUCAGGAUAUCUCUGAUCCUCGCAAAGCCUUGCAUGACACAUGGCUCAAACAUUUCAGAUAUCAGCCUCUCUGGAAAAUAAGGAAUUACUUUGGAGAGAAAAUUGCCCUCUAUUUUGCUUGGCUUGGUUUGCUGACCCUGUCGCUUGUCAUACCCAUGCUACUAGGGUUGGCCAUUUUUCUGUGGGGACUUAGCGUUGCAAUAAGAGAUAAUCCUUUGGAUGAAAAAGAAGAGAAUGCCACAUCUGCCUCCACCUUAACAGCCUGGGCAAAAAAUGCAUUUGACAAUGAUGCCACACCGUUUUUCGCUCUGAUAAUAUGUUUGUGGGGUACAUUAUUUUUGGAGCGAUGGAAACGAACAAAUGCUCGACUAUCAUACCAAUGGGAUGUUGAUACAUUUGAAGAACAGGAACCAAAUCGCCCACAGUAUUAUGGAACUGUCAUCAAGAAGGACCCAGUAACAGGAGAAGACAUCUCAGUUUAUCCAGUAUUUAAAAGAUUUUUCAAGAUGAUGGGCUCCUUUGGGGUCAUGCUCUUUAUGAUUUGCUUGGUGCUGGCGAGUGUUGUCGCUGUGAUUAUUUAUCGCGUCAUUGCGAGGGUAGAUUUGUUCCAAAGUAGAGGAGAAGCUGGCCAGCUGAUAGCAAGUGUUACCUCAACAUUCCUUAAUACCGUCUCUAUCAUGAUUAUGGGCAAGAUUUACCAGAAGUUAGCCGUCUACCUAACGGACUGGGAAAAUCACCGCACGCAGACGUCAUAUGAGGAUGCGCUUAUCUUAAAGUUAUUUGGAUUUCAGUUCGUGAAUUCAUACACAUCGCUCUUCUACAUAGCUUUCUUUCGUCAGGGUACAAAGGAAAGUGGUGUGAUCGGUAAAGGGCAAAACUACAGCGAUGAGUGCGGAGAAAACAAUGACUGUAUGAGUCUGUUGUCAUUACAAGUCGCCAUGUUAAUGAUCAUGAAACCUCUUCCCAAACUCUUCAGUGAUGUCAUCAAACCGUGGUUGGUGAGCCUGUGGAAGAGAAAAUGUUGUAGCAACCAAGUUUCAGUAAGCGGUGAAAUCACAGUCCGUGUAGAAGAUUACUUGGAGAGGGAGAGGAAUAAAGCUGAGCUUGGAGAUUUUACGCUCUCUGAAUACAACGAGAAAGUGUUACAGUACGGAUACCUCAUGCUUUUUGCUGCAGCGUUUCCGCUGGCCCCACUGAUUGCACUGUUAACCAAUGCCAUCGACAUGAAAGUGGACGCCAGAAGGUUGUUAUGGACGAACAGGCGGCCGGUGGCUUUUAGGGCUGAAGACAUAGGCACGUGGUACAGCAUUUUAGAAUUUCUGAAUGUGGCAGGCGUGGUUACAAACUCGUUUUUGGUAGCAUUUACGUCAUCGUACGGUCGAUCAUGGGAAGGCGAGCCGUCCAAGACCAACACAACUGAAACCAUAUUCAACAACACAACGAACACAACUGAACAGGUCAUCGUCGUCACUGAACAUGUAGUAGGGCUAAGCAGACUUUGGCUAAUAAUUGGAUUUGAGCACAUUGUGUUUACAAUUAAGUUCCUGAUUGCCUACAUUAUACCUGACGUACCUGCCGAUGUUAAGAUGGCUCUGUCCAAGGAAAAGUAUCACGUGACUAACAUUCUUGCCAAGGCUGGUGUGCGCAAAGGACCUGGUAACAAGUUGGCAGAAUCUGCCUCGUCAUACAGAAGCCGUGGGGCUGAAAGUGAACAUACCUCACCAUCCAACUCCACUGAAGUUCACAUGACCGCUAGUGGAAAAAGACUAGAAAAAAAUACCGCUGACAACGGAAGGGUGGAAGUGGUUGUGGAAAGGCCACCGGUGGAGAGUGGUAUGGAGAGACAUUUGUCCUCCCCACGAUCCACCCGUCUGGAACCAUUACCAACAAGCUUUACAUCCAAACACGCAAUUAGAGCGUGAUUUAUGGCGAGGGAGGAGGGAGU